AUGUCUUAUCUUGAAAUAGUUAGAGGUGUGAAUAGAAAUAGGCUUUAUCGCGGUCAAGCGAUUAGAAAUAGGAUCGUAGUUGUGCUGUAUUCUUUAUUGGUAGUGUUAGGUAGUGUUAGAGGGGGGUGUGGUGAUGGUAUGUGUGAUAGUAAAGUAGGCGGUGUUAGUGAUGUUGAUGUGCAGGAAAUAACAGCUCCGGUGGGUUGGGAAAAAUCACCGAAGAUGACUGAAGACCUAAAGGCACUUGGGUUUUUGUUUCGGCAUGAAGAGAGUAUCGUCUAUGUUAAGAAGCACAUGACUGAAGAAGUAACAGUGCCUGUCUCGGACUCUACUGUAGCUUUAACUUCAACUAACUCCACCGAAAGAAUAGAUCAACCUAUGGUGUUGUGGCCUGAGCCCGAGUUGAAAUUCACAAUGCCUAAAACUAGUGAAGUAGACAAAUUGCAGAAGGUUUUGAAGGCAUUGAAGGAUAUUGUUGUUAUCAAAGCCGAAAAGGCGGUGUUUGUAUAUCAACUAGAGUAUUUAGGGAGGUGUGAGGACAAGUUAAAAGCUAUAUCUCGAGUUAUCAACAUGUUAGAGUGUGAGGAGCUGGAACUUAGAAUAGAAGAGUAUGACAUAGAGAGAUACUCGCAUUGGGCUAGUGAAGUAGAGCCCAGUUUGACCGAAUUAGAGGAAACAAUUAAGUUUGCUGCUUCGAAUUCAAAGCACAAUCUCACAAUUAACGUCUGUUGUUUGAACCCAUCUAGGGUAGAUCUUAGCCCCUUGAACAUGUCCCUGCGAAACCUAGCUUCCAAACCCGCUCUGAUAGUGACAAUAAUGCAAAAACUAAACAAUCUUCUAACCUAUUCCGAAUCAGAGAACCUAUCUAGGGAUUUAUCUGAAGUCCUGGCCAGCACCAAUAUUGAUUGCACAGCUCUCCACAAUCAAGAAAUCCAAUGCCAAAAGAUUGUUAUUCACCCAAACUGUGUGUUAACAUUAACUGGUCUUGAGAAUGCUACUACUAACAUUCAUUCCGAAAUAGUUCUAGAGCUGCGUUGGGACAUUCUUCUCUAUCUUAUCAGGCGCAAUAAUCCUAUCAUUAAUGUUCAUACUAUUAUAGCUCUUAGUCCCGCAUCUACUAAGGAACUAUUUCAACAUCUUCUUCAAGAGCAACCAUUCUCCACUCCCCGAAUCCUUGCCACUAAAAUAGCUACCAAAACCAACAUCAAAGGUUGUUGGUGUCUUGAGAACACGUAUAACCAAUACUACAACCCCGAAGUAUAUGCCAAAUAUGGUAUAUCUGUUGACGAGAGCACAAUUGAGUAUACGAAAAGACAAGAUGGUUUGUUAGAUACGUUAAAGGUCCUUGAAAAGAAUCUAUAUGUGGAUUGUAAGAAGUCGAUAGAACAUGUGAUCGCAAAUGGGAUCAAAUGUCCUGCUGAGGAUUGCAGCAAUAACAAAUUGGAACUUCAAGAACCAGUUGAGAUCAACCUUGAAAGUUUAUAUGAUGAUGGUAAUUCUGAAUUUAACAAUUAUGAUAUUGACAUCGGCAUUGACCCGAAUAUUCUUUUCUGCCAGAACAUACACUAUACAGACAUCAACAUCAACGGAUGUGACGAUUAUAAGGCUAGCGAGGCCUGCCAAACCCUUUUAAGCCCAUUCGUCAAUAUUACUGCUCGCACACUUAGAAUCUCGAAUAUUUAUUGUUGUACAGUCUACACCUUUGAUCUAUCUAUGAUAGAAGGAGAUGACGCACUCCCUGAAAUCUGCCGACGCCGUCUUGAUCUUAAGACCUUGAUACUAGACAAUGUUGAUGGUAGCCUUGUUUACUGGAUCCUAAACAACUACACAUUUGCCGAUUCUAUGGAAGUGUAUAUCCUGAACCAAGACUACAGUAAUCUUAAUAUUACCCAAAUCCUCAGCCACCCUACAUACCGGAAGAUCUCCAAACUUGUGCUCAAUGACUUUAUUGGAUUAGAUGAGGUGAGGUUGUAUGAGGAGUAUAAGAAAGAAGGUAGACUCACUGAACUCUCAUUAUUCAAUUACAUAGAAGCAAUGAAAGCCGAAAACAAAACCACCACGGAUCUUGGUCUUAACAAACUGAUGUUGCAACUGGAAGGUGUUGAUUGCAAUAAGUAUGCUGAAAUCUUAACUGAGUUUAAGAAUAUUGGUAUUCAAUGCGAGGAGGUUCCUUUUGCGGUUAUUGUUGAUCGUCAAAUAGCGAAUUGCAACUCUUAUAUAAGGGCGGCCACCUAUGCUGUUUUGAGAAAUUCCAACAAAUCAUUUGAUAAGGAGCUGGUACUCAGAAACAUUAAUCUACAAGACUUAGAAGCGGAUCUUGCCAGUCGAUGCACC